UCCAGCAGGGUUUGCCAGGCCAUACAUAGCCUUGGCCUUGUUGAAGGAUUAUAUGACAUGGUGCUGGUUAUGAAGAGAAAUAUCUCAAUAAGGUGCUGUUAUCCAUCAUGUUGCUUAAAAUCUGCUUGAAUGUUAAGUAAACUAAUGCUUGCUAUGCAGAUGUUCUUAUGUGAUGCCUGUCUAAUAGAUUAUUUGGUGGUGUUAAAAUGAGUGCGUAGUGCAUUCAAAAAUGUCAAAAGGUUAGAUAAACUAAGAUUCUAUAUCUAAAUCUGUAAAUAGGCACUCAAAGUUGUUAUGUUUAUAUACAAGGAGAAAGUGGGAGAGAGGUGUUAUUAGGAUUUCACUUGUUAUAAAAUGUCAAAAUGAUCAAAAUAUCUGAAAUGCUAGUCUGUUAAGCCAACAAUCUUGCAGUGAUAAGUGUACGCAUGGCUAUGCUAUGUACCAGUAGUUUCUGGAAAUAAUUCUAUCUUUCUCUAUUGACUAUCCUUUUUUCUUUUAUUGUUUAGUCCCUUUAGUUUGAACAUGUUGUAAAUUUUUAACUCAAAUUGACUGGCUUCCUUUGCUAAUGAACAUGAAAUAUGAAUUAAUGUUAAAGCUGGCUUCCAAACUACUUCAUAAAAUUGUUCUGCAAGAAAAGCAAGUGAUGCAUGGAGUCCUAGGAAACAUGAAAAUACCAUUAUCAUGACAUUGUGGUUAUCAAUCAUACUUGCCAACUUAGUGAAACCUGAUGACCACUGGGAAACUAGCUAUAGUAAGGAAAAAGAAUGCUCUUGACAAGAAUGAUACCUACGAUUUUGUCUUUCCUUCACUUGUGAAAAUCUUGCUUGGAUGGGUUGAGCUUACAAGAUAAAAUGCAACUCUGGUGGUGUUUACAAAAGGGCUUUUAUUUUAAUAUCAGUGGUAGUGCUUGUUGCUCAAGGCAAUGAAAAAGGGUUAUGAUCAAUUUGGGAUAUCACGGAAAGGGCCCCAAGACACUACUGACCAGCAUUGCACUAUCUUCUAUGAUAAGGAAAAGGUCGAGCUUCUAGAAGGUGGAACCUUUUGGUUGUCUGAGUCUCCCUCUGUACCUGGAAGCAUGUCAUGGGGUUCUGAAGUUCCUUGCAUUGCAACAUGGGCUACAUUUCAACUGAAAGGUGUUGAGCCUCCUGGAUUCUCAUUUCAGAUAGUAAACACAAAUAUGGAUGAGUUUAGUCCUCGUGCCCGUAGGCGAAGUGCUUUACUUACAUGGCAGCACAUUGCAUCCUUACCCCCUAGCCUACCAGUUGUGUACUGUGGAGGUUUCAAUACACAAAAGGAAUCAACUACUGGACGCUUUCUUCUUGGAAGAUCAAGAGAGCAUGGUGUUGUUGGGGAUAUGAGGGAUGCAUGGCCUAGUGCUCGUGUGAGGAAAAAUGUUUCCCUAAUCCACACUUAUCAUGGGUUCAAGGGUGACAAACAAGGAACCCUUGAAUUCCUCAAGUUAAUUUUUAGAGCUCUCUGCCUCUGCUGGGAUCGUCAAACACAGGAUCUUCACAUUGAUUGGAUCCUUUUCAGAGGUAGAUCUUUGAUUCCGGUUUCUUGUGAAGUGGUAAAUGAUAAUAUUGAUGGGUAUUAUCCAUCAUCUCAUUUUCCUAUAUUUGCCGAGUUUAUGCUUCCUCGCACUGUAAGAAUGCUAGAAUCACCUGUACAAGAAGAUAGCUAAAUUCUUUUUUCUUGCCAUAUCUGGUGCUUCCCUUGUGGUGCUCUUCUUCUCCUUUUUAUAGCUGUCCAUCAUGAAUGUAUUUUGUAGGUAAAUUGGGGUUUGUACUUUGUAGGGGUAUUGAGGGGAGGGAAGAGUUUGAAGUAUGCUUUAUGUUUUUCUGAAAAAUGUGGACACAUCAUUGUCAGCAAAAUUUGUUAGCUGAAUACUGCCCCCCAUAAUUGAGGAUCAUGUAUUGAAUCAUAUUUAAUUUGCUUAUAAAUUUAAUUUGUUCCUGCUGUUUCUUUCAA